UUGAGCAUCUUCCCUCGCGAUGGAUUGAAUUUGUUGCCGUACGCUAAGAGUGUAGUUGUGUCAGCGCCGAACAUGGGCACCUCGUUCGACGGAGUCGUGGUGGCGUUACCGGGAAAACCCAAGACGCUGUACGUCGAUGGCAAGAACGCCGGAGCGGUCAGCCUUCGCGAAAGCAUUGUCGCCCUCCUUGACCUUGCCGACGAACAACUCGAGUGCUCCUCCCUCAUCAUCGCGAUGAAUAAGUCAUCUCCUUCCACGAGCGAGAUUCUUCAUUCCCUGAUGUAUGUCGGAGGAAGCAUUGUUACUAAACCGUCCUUCCAGGUUGACCCUGCCUACCUCUUAGUCGGGCUGGAAAUCUGA